AUGCCUCCCAAGAAGACCGAGGGCGCCGCUGCUGCCCCCAGCAAGAAGUCCACCCACGCCAGCUACCAGGAUAUGAUUACCGAUGCCAUUGUUGCUCUCAAGGACCGCAACGGAUCUUCCCGCCAGUCCCUGAAGAAGUACGUCAAGGCCAACAACCAGAUCAACACGGUCAGCGACAACAUGUUCGACUCCCUGUUCAACAAGGCCCUCCGCGCCGGUGUUGAGAAGGGUGUCUUCGAGCAGCCCAAGGGUCCCUCCGGUGGUACCAAGCUCGCCAAGAAGGCGCCUAAGCCCGCCGAGAAGAAGACUGAGAAGAAGACCGAGAAAAAGGUCGCCGAGAAGAAGGCCCCUGCGAAGAAGGAGGCCAAGGAGCCUAAGGAGAAGAAGGCCGCCGCUCCCAAGAAGGCCGCCGCCAAGAAGGAGACCAAGGAAGCCAAGGAGCCCAAGGAGAAGAAGGCCGCUGCUCCCAAGAAGGCUGUCGCUGAGAAGAAGGAGAAGAAGCCCGCCGCCAAGAAGGCUGCUGCCGCCAAGGAGGAGAAGCCCGCCGUUCUCAGCAAGACCAAGACUGGUCGCGUAACCAAGACGGAGAAGAAGGCCCCCGCGGCCAAGAAGGAGGCGAAGGAGCCCAAGGAGAAGAAGGCCGCUGCACCCAAAAAGGCCGCCGCCCCGAAGAAGGCAGCGCCCAAGAAGGCCGCCGCUGACAAGAAGGAGGCCAAGGCUGAGGCACCCGCUGCCACGGCAUAA